AUGUCGGUCACUGGGGACAAAAUGUUAUCAGAAGACGGUACCUCGAACAAAGAAGUAUCGCCUUCGAACAGUCACAGCACGGCGCACGAUGUGGACAUUUCCGAGCGGAUCAGUAAAUCGGUGGAAAACAUGGAUGACUACGGAGAGUCCACAGGGUUGCUGGAGCAACCGGUGGCCUCGGUACGAUUACCCAUCAUCGGAAUGACUUGCCAGUCGUGCGUGCGUAACAUCGAAGGCACGAUUGGCCACAAGCUCGGUGUGAUAAAGAUCAACGUAGUGUUAGCAGAAAAUGCCGGCUACAUCGACUACGACCCAUCGCUUACCGAUCCGACCCAGAUAGCGGCGGACAUCGAUGAUAUGGGGUUCGAAUGCACCUACACAGAGCCGGGAACAUCUGCGUCCGGUGCACCAAAGCGUUCCAUACUCGUCGAGGGCGUCGAAAGCGACAGUGAAACAGUCGACCCGAAUGGUGGGAAUGCACAAACGGCGCGCAUUAACAUCGAAGGCAUGACGUGUCAGUCUUGUGUGAGAAAUAUCGAAGGUACGAUUAAAGAUCGCCCGGGAGUGAUUUCAAUACGAGUGCUGCUAGAUGAACGAGCCGGUGUGGUGGAGUAUGAUGGAAGGCUAACGACGGCGGAACAGCUCGCAGAACAGAUCGACGACAUGGGGUUCGAGGCAAAGGUUGCUACCGCUAAACAGAACCAAUCCGAACAAAGAUCGCAAAGAUCGUCUCCACAAACCAACGGCAAGCAACGAGUGGCCGUCAACGGUAGUUUAACAUCCAAAAAGAAAGAAGACGAAGCAGCGCAACUCCGACGAUGUUUUCUGCACGUGCAGGGUAUGACCUGUGCCAGCUGCGUAUCGGCGAUUGAGAAACACUGUCGAAAAAUAUACGGCGUAGAGUCGAUUUUAAUAGCACUGCUAGCGGCGAAAGCGGAGGUGAAAUAUGACGAACGGUUAACGUCACCUUCGGAUAUCGCUAAAUCCAUCUCCGAGCUCGGUUUCCCAACGGAAGUGCUUGAGGAACCGGGUACGGGUGAAACGGACGUUGAGAUCGAAAUUCUCGGCAUGACCUGUGGGUCUUGUGUGGCGAAAAUCGAACAGACGGCACUUAAGAUACCGGGUGUGUUACAGGCAUCCGUAGCCCUUACGCUUAAACGUGGCCGAUUCACCUUCAACAACGAACGUACGGGGGCGCGCACAAUUUGUGAAGCCAUCGAGAGCCUCGGCUUUGCGGCGCGAGUGCUGUCGGGCAAGGAUAAAAUGGCACACAGUUAUCUGGAGCACAAGGAGGAAAUCCGCAAAUGGCGCAACGCUUUUCUGAUUUCGCUUGCAUUCGGCGGCCCAUGCAUGGUUGCGAUGGCUUAUUUUAUGGUGCUCAUGCACGAGCACAGCCACGAGGAGAUGUGCUGUGUGUUACCGGGACUUUCGCUAGAGAACUUAAUCAUGUUUACGCUCUCGACCCCGGUACAGUUCUUUGGCGGGUGGCACUUUUACAUACAAGCGUACCGGGCGGUAAAACAUGGCGCGAGCAAUAUGGACGUACUGAUCACGAUGGCCACGACGGUGAGCUAUCUGUACUCGGUCGGUGUGCUUGUCGCUGCGAUGGUGCUGGAGCAGCGUACCUCACCACUAACCUUCUUCGACACACCGCCGAUGCUGUUCAUUUUUAUCUCCCUCGGACGGUGGAUGGAACACAUCGCUAAAGGUAAAACGUCCGAAGCGUUGUCGAAGCUGCUGUCAUUGAAAGCGACCGAGGCAACGCUGGUAACGCUCGGGACGGACUACGCCGUUCUUACGGAGAAAAUCAUCUCGGUCGAUCUGGUGCAGCGAGGAGACAUUCUGAAGGUUGUGCCGGGCAGCAAAGUUCCGGUCGAUGGGAAAGUGCUGUGCGGCAACUCCACCUGCGACGAAAGUCUCAUCACGGGCGAAUCGAUGCCAGUGCCGAAGCGUAAGGGUGCGGUCGUGAUUGGUGGUUCGAUCAAUCAGAACGGGCUGUUGUUGAUGCAGGCCACGCACACCGGAGAGCACACGACACUUGCACAGAUCGUCAAGCUGGUAGAGGAGGCACAAACGUCGAAAGCUCCAAUACAGCAGCUUGCGGACAGGAUAGCGGGCUAUUUUGUGCCGUUCGUUGUGACCGUAUCGGUGGUAACGCUGAUCGGUUGGAUUGUUUCGGGAUAUAUCGACAUAUCGCACAUACCGGCAAGCGAUCGCGAUAAGGAAGGACUAACGCCGUCGGAAAUAAUCAUCAGCUAUGCGUUCCGGUGUGCGCUGAGUGUGCUUGCCAUCGCUUGUCCGUGUGCGUUAGGGCUUGCCACCCCAACCGCGGUCAUGGUUUCGACCGGUGUCGGUGCAUUGCAUGGCAUUUUGGUGAAGGGAGCGGGUCCGUUGGAGAACGCCCAUAAGGUAAAGACGAUCGUGUUCGAUAAGACGGGUACGAUCACGCACGGAAUGCCCAUGACGUCGCGUAUCUGUAUGCUGAUGCGCCCGGGCGUCUGUUCGCUUGCGCGCGCUCUCACCAUCGUUGGUGCAGCCGAAGCCAACAGCGAACAUCCAAUCGCAACCGCCAUCGUGAAGUACGUAAAAGAAGCGUUCGAAGUAGAUGUGUUUGGCAAGUGCAGUAACUUCUCGGCCGUCCCCGGUUGCGGUAUUCGAUGCGUCAUUUCGAGCGUAGAUGAUACGCUGAAGCGUGUGCAACAGUCGGAACGUAUCCGGAACUAUCAGAACUCAUACCACAGCGACCAACAGCAAUCAAUUUCGAUGCACGGUGCCAUCGUGGAGGAAUUGAUACCGCAGCUAAGUGCAUCGCAAAAGAAUACGAUCGAAUUGCAGCAAUUGUUGCACCUGGAACCGAUCGGCGAAGGGCCAGCUUCCGGCAAUGGUUCGUCGGAAGCGUUUGCCGAUGUGAACGAGUACAACGUACUGAUCGGGAACCGUGAGUGGAUGGCACGGAAUGCAAUUGUGGUACCUCCCGAAGUGAACAUCCGAAUGUCGGAGGAGGAACAGAUGGGCCAUACGGCAAUUCUGUGUGCGAUCAACGGUCAGCUCGUCUGUAUGCUGUCCGUGUCGGAUAUGGUGAAACCGGAAGCACACCUGGCCGUGUAUACGCUGAAGCGAAUGGGCAUCGAGGUGAUACUGCUCACGGGCGAUAACAAAAAUACGGCCGCAAGUAUAGCCCGCCAGGUGGGCAUUAAUCGUGUGUUUGCGGAGGUGCUACCAUCACACAAGGUGGCCAAGAUCCAGCGGAUACAGGAAAUGGGUGUGCGGGUAGCGAUGGUCGGGGACGGCGUCAACGAUAGUCCGGCAUUGGCGCAGGCCGAUGUGGGUAUUGCGAUUGCCUCCGGUACGGAUGUAGCGGCCGAAGCCGCGGACGUUGUACUAAUGCGGAAUGAUCUGCUUGAUGUGGUGGCCUGUUUGGAUCUGUCCCGGAAGACAGUGCGCAAGAUUCACAUGAACUUCCUCUUCGCCAGUAUGUACAAUCUGCUAGGUAUUCCUCUGGCCGCUGGCAUAUUUACACCGUUUGGAUUUACGCUCGAGCCUUGGAUGGCAUCGGCGGCCAUGGCGGCUAGUUCCGUUUCGGUGGUGUGUUCCUCGCUCAUGAUCAAGCUAUAUAAGAAACCGACGCAGGCCUCGCUACAAACACCGGAGUACGUUGAGUUAACUGAAGCUGGUGCUUUCCUCGAUCCGGACGCCAUAUCCGUACACCGCGGUCUUGACGAUAUACCGCGCCCGAAUUUGGCACGCUCAACCAGCUCCACACUGGCCAAGUUGUUCGGCCGGGGCAAAGACACGAAGGAGGACGGACUGCUGGCGACACUGGACGAUGAUGAGUUUUCGGUCGAUAUCAUCAAAACAUCGAACGCAAGCAUUUACAAAGACGCAACAGAGCUUCAGAAGCUAUAGAACGAACGAUUCCGUCACAACAUUGUACCGGCAGGGUA